AGCGGACGCCGGAGAUUACAUCACCUGACUGAUAUCAUCAUCCGCGAAAGUUGACCCUCGUCUUCCCUACCUUCUUCCUCUCCUUCGCAUUUCUCCUUCUCCUCAUUUUCUCCUCCCAAUUGCGGCAAUGCGGUUGCCGCAUGCCUCGAGCCAUGCGCUGAAGGGGUCACGACUAUCAUUGGCCCUCGCCCGUAAUGGACAGAGACGGUCUCUCCAUACCCCGACGUACGACGCCGCGGUUGUCGGUGGUGGCAUAACCGGGCUCACGACAGCCUACCGACUUUCUAGAGAUCCGAAAUGCUCUAAAAUCACCCUGUACGAAAAGUCAAAGAAUGUGGGAGGCUGGUUACAAUCUGAGAAAAUCCCCUUCAAGGAUGGACAUGUGGUUUUUGAGUAUGGCCCGCGGACCUUGCGGACUGCGUUACCCAGCUGUCUCCCGCUCCUCGACCUGCUGGAAGAAUUAGACUUACUCGGCGAAGUUCUGGUCACCAGCAAAACCUCCGCGGCCGCCCUCAAUCGUUACAUCUACUACCCCGACCAUUUGGCUCGCGUGCCAGCGCCGGACCCUGCGCGCGGGGCGCUCGGCAAUGCCUUGUCCUUGAUGUGGAGCUUGUUCCGCGAGCCUGUGUUCAAGAGCAUUUUCUUGGGCAUCUAUAACGACAUACAGAGUCCUGCCCCGCAAAAGCUCAAGGCCGACGAAUCUGUCGGGGAUUUCAUCUCGCGCCGACUAUCGCCGGAAUUGGCCGAUAAUCUGGUCUCGAGUGUAUUCCACGGAAUCUAUGCCGGUGACAUCUAUCAACUCAGCGCAGAAGCGCUGCUAGGUCAACACCGUGAACCAGAAGGUGGGGUACCUAGUAUAAUGCUUCGGCUGAUCAACGAAGCGCGGAUGAACCACACACCUGAGCUCCUCGAUGACCAACUGGCUAUGGAACUCAUUCUUGAGGAAAAGUCCCGUAGUUAUCUAAACGCUUUGGCGGUCUUGGUCCGCCAGGCCAGUGUUCUCACCCUACGAAAUGGCCUCGGCCAGCUCACCGAUGCGUUGUUGGCUGCAUUGGCCAAAUCGAAGAAAGUCGAUAUUUUGCCAGAGGCGGAGGUUACGGCCAUCAGCCGGAAUCAAAACUCUUCGAAUAUAACAAUCAGUCACGGACAAGAUGAGCACCGCAUGCACAACCGUGUAGUUUCCACGAUCCCAGCUCCUCAUCUCGCAAAGGCACUGCGACAAGGCGGCGGAGAGGACAAGAAACUCCCCCACAAUACGAUUCAGGCCCUUGAAGAGCACAACUACGCCGUGACGGUCAUGGUGGUGAACCUCUUCUACGAGAAGGAAGAUUUGCUUCCGGUGAAAGGCUUUGGGUACCUGAUCCCACGGUCAAUCCCCUUCGAACAGAACCCGGAGAGGGGACUGGGGGUGAUUUUCGGAUCCGAGACUAGCGCUGGCCAAGAUACGGUGCCCGGCACCAAACUCACGGUCAUGCUGGGCGGCCACUUAUGGGACGGCUGGACGGAAUCCGACUACCCGGACCAUGAUACCGCCGUCAAAAUGGCCCGCACCUUGCUGGAGAGACACCUGGGUAUCACCGACGCACCGGCCAUAAGCCGUAGCCGCCUGCACCGGAAUGCGAUUCCUCAGUAUACUGUCGGUCAUCCGGCUCGCAUGGAUAGGAUUUCCGAGUCAGCUCGCGCAGAUUUCAGCAACCGGUUGAGUCUUGCCGGAAGCUGGUACGGCGGCAUCGGCGUAGUCGACUGUAUCCGACACGCAUAUUUGACGGCGGCAUACGGGGUUAGCGCGCAGAAGCUCAGGUCUGGCGGGCAAGAUAGACCCUGGAAGCUCUUCAACUACACGCAGUGGGAGCUGGAGGGGGGUAUUGUCAAGUCGCCGGUCCGGUUGGUCUGGAGAAGGCCCGACUCAAAAAAUUGAUAAACAUUUAAUACCAUGUAAAUAUAGAUUUCUGCAUUGAUGUUGCUUUCUAUGGAAAGGGGGUUCGGGCUGCGGCCUGUCUGGGCAACAUACUCGACCGUCUGCCAUAAACACCAGAUGUUCCCCUAUUCCCUUGUAUUUGAAACCAGUUCAGACAUUUGCAGUAUAAGAACGGAAGAUUUAACGAAAUCGAUCAUACAGCACGCUGUGAAAGAUUACACCCUGAAGUUCCUGUGUAAAUUUUCAUCAUAAGUCCUCAUCCCGGGAGAUACUUAAUCCAGUCUGUAGCAGUAAGUCUCCCCUCGACAGUCCCACAGAGGACGGAAGAACACUUGUUGGUGAUGGAUUGAUGCUGUCGGGUAAAUGGCUAUUUGUGCGGAGGGCCGAUCAACCCUUUCUGAAGAUAAUCGUCGUUCAUCAUUCAUCAUCCCAUGAAGCAUAAUAUUCGCUGGGAACGGCUGCGCUGGAGCAUCAUCAGGUUCCGCAGCGAGUCUCGCCUGGCGAUGCGGGGAGAUCAUCACGAUAUCGCAGUUGGGUCAUAAAAAAUAGAAGGUCUUGUGACGACCACGCCAGUUCAUGUGAUUCAGGCCUUCUCAUUCUCUUGACCAUCUGUCUUUUUGUCCCCGUUCGAGUCGAACCCCAGCCCUUCCAGCUGACGAAUGAGUUCCUGGAUCUUGAUGACCUUGUCGAACUGCUCGGGAAGCAAAUCCUCGCCCUGGUUCUUUUUGUCCCGCAGUUCGCGAGCCUGCCUUAACUUCUUCUUCAAGUUGCGUGCCUUCUUCUCCUUCUCAGCUUCGGGGUCCAGCGCUUCUUCCGCGGGUUUCGCGGUUCCGUUCGAGGUGGUCUUCUCUGCCGGAGCCCGCCAGUUCUCGAUAUCCUUCACAUUCUUCGAGUCCGUCGAACUAGGGCCGUCCUGGUUGGCCUUGGCCUUCUUCUUGGCUUCCCGACGUUUCGCAUUCUUGUUGCUGGAGGCGCUGGCGGCCUUGGUGUUGGGUUCCUCGGUGUUCAACGUUUCCGCACCAGGCACCCCCCCGGUCUUCCCACGAUUCUUCCAGGCCUCGGCGGCACGGGUCUUGUAGAGUUCGACAUCCUCAGGAGGACGGUAACCGGGACGCACGCGAAUUUCACGACGUUUGGAGCCAUCCGCACGCAAGGAGGAAGGGAUGUAUCGCUCGCCGGUCGCAGCGUCGGUGGUGAUUCCGGAGUUCGUCGAGUUCGUCGAAGCCAUGAGUGAAUGAGUGGAAUAUGUUGAUAAUGUAGAGACUGAGAGAGUGAAUAAGACAGUAGCACAGAGGUCCCACAGUUCUAACCCGGCAGAUCAGAGACGUGGGAAAGUGAAUGAAUUUAUGAAGAUAACGAUCUCAACUGGUGGGGGUUUCCUCUCUUUUUCUUUUCGGGAGGCUCUGCAGGGAGGAACCGGGCGGGCCAAUCAGCGACCCGGUGAUU